ACGAGUAUCAGGGUUUGAUCGGGCCGUUCGUGGGACUUAAUCUGCAUCUUUGUCUUUGUGGCUGGUGUCCACCACACUUGUCCUUUGUCGUGAAACUAUACUGUUUAGACCCUCCCCAGCUAAGACCCCGACAAUUCAUUCUUCAGAAAGGACAGCCUGAUUCUGCUCAAAUGCGUGAGGAAGGACAUACAGAGGGACCAGCCUGUGAGUCGACGGUUGUAUGGACUUUAAGUAUAAAAGGAACCACCAUUUAAAGGCACAUUAGACCCUCUGAAUGGAACUUAAGCCAGGGGUUGCCAUGGAGACCACUAAACUGAGUCAAUCUUCCAGGUUUAAAAAAAAUAAAACAGAAGAAGCCCAAUCAAAACCUGCAUUGGCAUCAAAUAAAGCAGCACCUGUUGCUGUGCAGAAGGACAAUGGCAAUCCCCACUCUGCAAAAGGCAAACCAAAACCAAAGUCUACAACUCCUUCAGGGGUAUCUGGAUCUAGCUCAUGGCCAGGAACUGCCUCACAACAUACAGUGAAGGAUGUUAAGUCCUUCGUUUCGAGGCCUACAGGAAAGACGGUUACAACUACAUCAAAAGCAACAUCAGGAGCUGCAUCUAAAAGGCCUGUGGGUGUGGCAUCAACUUCUACCACAGCUAAAAACCAAACUAAAGUGCCUGACAAAAGGCUUGUUGGAUCUACCAGGGCUAUGUCCCAUCCUGCUGCCACUGCAAUAAAUGACACCAAACCAUCAACAGUGAAUGAGGCCCAUAAAAAGAGACUUACAACCUUAACAGUUAAUGGUGCAAGACACAAAACCCCAGCUACUACAGGUAAAAUGGCCUCCUCCAUUGCUCAAGCGCGAACCAUUUCAGCCACUACGAAAAAAAACACAAGCCUAGCAACCAGUCCCGCACCAUCUGGAACUACAACACCCAAACAUGCAACUGUAAAAACUUCCCUUUCUAGAGCUGCUACAGCACCAUCUACUGGCAAGAUGGCAGCAACACAGCCUAAGAAAGAUGUUAGCCGACAACCUCCUGCCCCUCUGGUCAAGAAACCUACACCAAUUGCUGUUUCACCCUCUACCAAAAUACAUGACACCUCUAAAUGUUUGGCUGCCUUAAGACUCAACACUGCAUCGAAAGGGUCCACACCAAUGAAGAGGGUAGAUGCCAAGGAGUUGCAGUCUAAACAUCAGCAGCUGGGAAAACUUACUCCCACAAAGAAGCCUACAACUACAAUUCAAUUUCCUCUAGUUAACAAACUAUCCCUCAACCAACCACUAACAGACUAUUCGACCAUCAGAGCUACAAAUAUAAAAACAAAAUGUGGAACCAAACCCACUAAAACUGCCCCACGGUUCACCAUCACAAAGAAGACAGAAGUUUCUAAGACAAAUAAACCUUCCACCGAAGUGUAUAUGGCAACUGUGGUGACGGCAACUCCACCCCAAGCUGUUCAAGUACCAGAAAAAUUGGCAGAGGCUGCAAUGAUCUUGGCACAAGAAUCAUCCCUUGUUUCCUCUGCAGCAGAGAACAUCUCUACCCUUGGGUCAGCUCCAAAUACCACAAAAGAGAUGGAAAAACUAGAGGUUACUCCAGAUAAUGAAGUAACCCAGUUCCCUCCACAAAGCCCUGUUGGAACAAAUCUGCCACAAACAUGUCUGAAGCACAAAUUGGAAAACAUUGCUCCUCAUUCAGCCAAACAGGAGCAGGUCUCAAACCCAGCCAAGCUUGCAUUACAAUCCAUGGCCUUGCCUCCUGAACUGACCGAAUAUAAUGUGGUAAAAGACCAAACUCCAUCCAAAUCGACUGUCCUUUUAGCAGCAGCCAAUGGCACCCAACAGGUGGUCCCUCUUGUCAAUCUAAAUGAAGAGGAGGAUGAAGAGAGGGAUGGAAGCCAGUUAGUUUCUGUGUCUGAAAUGAGUGGAACCACACAGCUUACUGAGGACUCUCAUCCUGGUUCAGUUGGCACAAUCGGGGGGUCUGCCUGGAGAGCCUUAGUGUAUGAGCUUGAUUCUGAGGAGAUAAGUGUCAGCCAGCAAGGUGCUUCUGAAUUGAGCGCCCCUGGUGUCUUGGAGGGCACAGAAAGCAUGGACGAUCUGGGAGAUGGCAGUCUCAAAGGCGCCAUGGACAUGGAGGGAGCCUCGGCAGGUUCUCCUGACUUUGAGAAAGUUUCUUACAUACAGGGCAAUGACUUUGAGGGCGAGGAUGACAGUGAUAAGGUGUGUGACAUGGAUGUGGGUUCUGAGCGGAUGGAUGAACCAUGUAUUGCCAGGCAUGACAAUGAUUUAGAUGAAGAUGACGAUGAUGUGGAAAUGGCUAGUGAAGGGGUGACAGAGAGUGGGCUUGAGAGUUAUGGAAAUGGAGAUGAGGAUGACUUUGCUGAGGAUGAAAGGCUGGAUAACUUGAACAGAGUUGCUCAGCCACCACUUCCACCUGUGCUGCCCUCUGCCCCAGCUGCUCAGUGGGAUCAACCAAACCCCUUUGCUGAUCCAUGCGAAGAGCCUCUUCAGGUUUUUAAAGCUGCAGGACCACUUACAGCACAGAACAGGCAAGAAGACCCCGAGAUCCUACUUAAGACCCAAGUCUGUCUAGAACAAGUUCUUCCUAAACAAGAGGAAUCAAAAAAAGAACAGGCUCAAGCAUCAGUGCAAACCCAUGCCGCAGCUUCGUUCUGUGUCCCAGGAACAUCUGUGUCACACACCCUGAGCAGUGAGAUGAGCAUACUGAAGGACCAAUCGUGUAAUCAAGACAGCAAGCUUCCCUCUGAGGUUACACAAGCCCAGUUGCUUUUCUCAGCGUGUGAUGCUUACUGCCAAGGCCUGGGCUUCCACUUUGGACAAGGAGAUGAGGAUGCAGUGGAGGCUGAAAAAGAGUGUUUGCCUGCUGAUGAACUCCUAGGAGGCUCUGCAACUGCUCCCACUUCCAAUCUUUCUUUGACCACACAAACAGAGGAUGAGGCUCGUGAUACAGAGGGAGAAGCUCAAUUAGAACAUUUUUUGGAGACUCUGGAAGUCAACAGUAUAAACUUUGAGAUGCAGCUUCCAGCCCAACACUGCCCAUCUACUCUGGUAGAGGGAAAUGAGCCUGAGGUAGAGAGUGGUGUUGGUGAAGAAAGUACUCCAUCCUCAGCUGCCCUAUUGGUAUCUUAUAGCUUUGGCACUAUGACAAUGGCUUCAAAUUCAAAUGCUCAGCCCACAGGGGAGAGCUGCGUCAAGAGCCCUAGCUUUAUCUUGUUGGAGGAGCAUCCUCAGGAGGUUAAGCAGCCUCACACAGAACAAUGUCCUACAGAUCAGCUGUAUGGAGGAGAUUCAGCAAAUCAUGUUAUUGAGAAAACGCAGGCCUCUGAGGAAGUCCUGGAUCCCACAUUAGCUUUAAAUAAUAUGCCACAAACAGAAGAAAUUCCUGAUGACAUCGAACCUCUAUACCAUUCUGCUAUAUGUGAAAACACCGAAAAACCUUUUGCAGGGUUCUCUGCUGUAUCGCACCCUCACUGUCAGUCUGCACACCCCAGAAUUUACAACGACAUUGUCAAACCCAUUUCUAUCGCUAUCACUCUGCCUAAACUGGCCUGUGCUGACGUCCAACCCAGGAACCCCAGGCAGCAGCCACUGAGUUCUCAACUCCUCAGGCUGGAGCAGCAUCAGAAGCAGCUACCUGAUUUGCAGCAACACAAAGAGCCAAAGAGCAAGCCACAGAAGGAGGCAGUGCAAGAGAAAAAGAAGAGGGUGAAAGAGGAGGAAAGAAAGGAAAAAGAGCACGCUGAAGAAGAAAUAAAAGGAAAUAAAGAGGAGAAGAAGAAGAAGCACACAGAGAUGAUAAAGCAGGAUGAGAUACAAAAUUGGGAGCUUGAGGUAAAACAUAGGAGAGACCUUGAACUGCAAAUGCAACAGCAGGAGCUGAAGGAACAACAGAAAAUUAUCCAGAGGCAGCAAGAGCUGCACCACCCCAAAGGUCAGACCGCACUGUUGUCUUCUCCAUCUGGCCUCUGCACCAUCUAUGAAACCCUGGAGUGCAGUGAUGGGGAGGCUGAUGGCGAGGACCUGCUUGAUCCUAAAGGUGAUACUAAAAAUGAAGAACUUAAUAAAAAUGCAUCUCAAAGGCUGCGUGACAGGACUAAAGGGUUGUGGCCAAGUGAUGAUGCACAUCAACAGUCUUCAAUUGUUAACAUCCUGCUUCCCUAUUCAGACUCCACCAUGGUAUCCAGCAACAUAGUGACGAAUCAAGAUGGAUCCUCUUUUCAACCUGCUCAGUUUCCAGAGAGACCACCAGCUCUUGACUUGGACUGGGGAAAGAAGGUAGAUAUGGUUCAGCAGCUGAUAAAUCAGACCCUACUGCUGAAUGCGGAUUGUUGUUCUUCCCUGUUGUUGUUGCCCAGUGGAACCGGAGGAAAGCUAAGCCCCCUGGAGAGCAGUCUGUGGCCAAGCUUACUUCCUCCACUCGCCCCCCCUUCUGCCACUGUCACCUCCGUUAGCAGUUUCUCCACAGAGGACACUGGCAGCUCCACACAGGGAGAGUGGACAGUAGUGGAACUGGAGACGCAUCAUUGAGACCCAUUUCACUGCAUGGGCAAACACUGCAACAGUACUACAGGAGUUGCAUGUACACACAAAUGAGAAUAACACAAACACUGCUGCUUGGAUAAAUGGAUGUGGAAAUUCAAUACAGGAGCACGCAAAUUCUGUGGAACAUACAGUUUUCUCUUUACUUUAAAGUACACAUGAAAAAGCCAUUUAGACUGAGUUAAAUAUUGGAGUUUGGAAAAAGGCUAAUUCUCUGACACCAAUGUUUUUUCUAGACACAGUCAAAUACAAGUUGCAACAAGUGGAUACAAGUAAAGACAACGUUGUUCAAUGUGCAAAAUGCACAGAGAACUGGUCUGGAUGUUGUGAUAGUUUUUUUUGUUUUCUUUUUUUGUUCAAAUAUGCUGGGUCAGGAAAUGGGACAGAGUUUUCAGACGCUGAAAGUAAAAGGUUAGUUCAGUUGAACUUCAAUUGGUUUUUUCACAAGCCAGUUCUUUUUACUGUUUUAUUGGAACUUGAAUAAAUGGCCUGAUUCCAAAUUGAAUUUAGGUGCCAUUUAAAUUAGAUGGCACCUAAUAUGGCUGGUAUAAACAUUUUUAAUGAGAAAACUAUGAUGGAUGUGAAAAUGGUAGAUGUUUAGCUGUACUAAUUUAAAUUAUGAUAAACCUUCUGAUUUUGUCAUGAACCCAAAACAAAACAUAGUAUGACACAACUGCAAUUUGUCCACCUCACUUGGUGUCCGGUUGUGGAUAUCCAAACAUAAUGUUCAUUAUGGCACAAUGCAAAGAUAAACUACUGAAUUCAAAAUGUACAACUGGAAACUAAUUUGUUCUGAAACUGCCUAUAAUAUAAAUAAAACAAAUGGAUUGUUUUAUCACUUGGUUCUAUUUUUCAAGCCACUAUCAUUUUUUAUAGUUGUGAGCAUGCAUCCUCACAUCGUUUAUUAAGUUAAGAUAGUGAUAUCCUGACCCUGAUAUCCUGAAAUAUCACUGCUUCCCAGUCUUCCUGGAGAUUGCAGUUAAUCUAAAUGACUUGUUAGCGUUUAUUUAAUUUUUCAAGCUGAAGUCAAAGAAAUUCAGCAGAGAUGACAUAAAGCUCUGGGUAUGACCUGUUUUAUAUUGACCAAAGUUGUUGUGUGUGUAUGUAUGUGUGUGUGUGUGUUAUGAAAACCAUGAUAACCUACUAUAUGAAAUGUGUGGUUGUUUACAUCUGUGCAUUGUCUUUGUGUUGGUCUGUUAUUGCUAUCUAUUGAGAGUGCUUUAUAAAAUCUUGCCAUGGUUUACACGUCUAAAAACAUUUGUCAACUUUGGUCAGUGCUAUUACUCUUUUCCUAUUUCCUGAUGUUUAAUAGAUAAUUUGAUCAGACUUCAGAAAAUGAAUCAAUGUUUUCUACUAGGGACAUUUUGUUAAAUGUAUUGCCUCCUAAAGUGGGUUAAUUGUGUUUUGUAUUUAUAUAUGGAUAUAUUGUUUCAAAUACUGAUCACUUUAAUGAAGGAGGGUCCACUUUUGUUUUUAUCAGUUGCCGCUUUAUAGGUGUUUCUAUUGAAUUCCAACGCAGGAUGUUGGGUGUAAAUUGUGUGUUUUAUUCUUUAGCAUCAACUCACUUAAAUUUCGAUUUACUGGCAAGCUGAGCAUUGGUGUGUCUACGAUUACGUCUUCACCUGAAAGAAGUAAAUGGGACAAAGCUCACUGGAGCCUAACCCUGGCAGCUAACUAAUUCUUUGAGAAAUUUGUAUUUAUGUGUAGUGUUUCACUGCAAGUUUACAAUAAUAAAAUG